AUGGCUUCCAAGUCGGAGCCCGUCAACUUCCUCCUUCACCCGUUGCUGUUUCUCUACCAGCUCAUCCAGACCAUCAUCGCCUACACGCUCUCUCCGAGCCCGCCCAAGUCCGACAAUGAGCUCGGCCGGCCCAAGAUUGCCAUCAUCGGCGCCGGAAUCACCGGUAUUACCGCCGCGGCGCACUGCGUCGGCCAUGGCUUCGACGUGACCAUCUUUGAGGCCGGCGCCGAUGAGGAUGCCGUGGGUGGCAUCUGGAGCAGAGUAAACGAGACGUCGGGUCUCCAGAUCCACAGCAUCAUGUACCGCUUCCACCCGUCGGUCAAGUGGGAGCGCGGCUACCCAGACCGCCAGCAAAUCAUCACCCAGGUCAAGCAGCUGUGGAAGCGCUACCGGCUCGACUCCAAGACGCGCUUCAACUUCCACGUCGACAAGGUGUACCAGGACGACAAGGCCCGCUGGAUCAUCAACGACACCUCCAACGGCCGCUUCGAGGGGCUCAUCGCCGCCGUCGGCACCUGCGGCGAGCCCAAGAUGCCGCACAUCCCCGGCAUGGACAAGUUCAAGGGCGAAAUCUACCACUCCAGCGAGCUGACUGGCAAGGACGCCAAGGGCAAGAAGGUAGCCAUCAUUGGCGGCGGCGCCUCCGCCGUUGAAGCGCUCGAGUUUGCCGACGCGGCAAAGGCCGCCAAGGUGUCCAUCCUCUCUAGGAGCGAAAAGUGGAUUAUCCCGCGCAACAUCAUCGCCGAUACCCUCCUGAGCCUCAACAUCUUUGGCCAGGAGACUAGGCUGUCGUUCAUUCCCGAGUUUCUUCUCCGGAAGCUGUUCUACAGGGACCUCGAGGAUCUGUCGCCCUCGGGCGGGCUCUUCCAGGAUACGCCCAUGGUCAACUCGGAUGUCAUGGAUAAGCUGCGUCGCGGCCAGGCCGAGUGGGUGCGCGGAGACAUUGAGGGAUUCGUCGAAGGCGGCGUCAAGGUCAACCGACGCGCCAAGGGCGUGCCCAAGGGCGGCCCCGGCCACGAGGAAGUCAUUGACGCCGACAUUGUCGUCAUGGCCACCGGCUUCCAGCGCCCCUCUCUGUCCUUCCUCCCCGACGAGUGCUUCCGGGAGCCCUACGAGCCCCCGAACUGGUACCUGCAGACAUUCCCGACCAUCCACCCGAGCGUGUCCGCCAUCAACUGCACGUACGUCUCCGCCAUCGGAUCCGUCGGCAACUGGCACAUCGGCAUCUACACGAGGAUCCUGUUAAUGUUCCUAUCCGACCCGCUCACCCGCCCGAGCCCCUUCUGGAUGGAGCGCUGGAUCGACAUGACCAAGUUCCUCAAGAAGAGCAGCCCGACGGGAGCCUUUGACUUCUUCACGUACCUGGAGCUGGUGUGGUGGUUCGUCUUCUGCGUGGCCAUCAACCCGUUCCGUUGGAAGUGGGCCGUCUUCGUCUUCUUCGGCGUCGGAAUCGGUCUCCCCAAGGCGAUUGUGCGCCGCGAGCAGAAGCUCCUCAACGGCCAGGGCUACAAGAUCAAGGACGAGGGUGUUAGUCUGUAG